AUGAGACAUCCCAGAAUCACUUGCACACCUUUACCGAUAAUCCUUUGUUUAAGUCUAGUGUUCCUCGUCUAUCUGCUGUCCUCCUCUGGCGAUGGCUCCAAAUGCGGUGUCCCGCAAGGUACCCCUAUGGGUCCCUUCCCCUGCAAGGACAACGAUCUAGAGAAAAGCGUGGAGUUUCGCGGCAGGUUCGUGGUGUUCCGCAACUACGUGCCAGCCGAAAAACGCUUCAGAUGCAAUGAAAGCGUGACCUUGACUGCCCCAGGGGACUACCGCUUCCUGGACAACAUCCUGCCAUUGGUGGAGAGAUGGAAAGGACCGAUCAGCGUCGCCUUGUACUCGCCCGGGUACGACUUUUUCAGCACGCUGCAGAGCAUCGCCUACUUGAGAAAUUGCCGCACGCCGCUGGUCAGACAGCUCGUCACUUUCCAUCUGUUUUUCGAUACGGACCAUGUGCCUACACAGCACGAUGAACCUCUAGUGGACAUCUAUGAAGACACAUACGAUUGCUCCCAAAAACCACCGUACGAGACCAUGCAAGACGACGAGAUGUACAAGACCCGAAUGAAUCUCACCUACCCCAUUAACGUGGCCAGAAACGUGGCAAAACUCACUGCCCAAACCUACCUAGUCUUUCCCUCUGACAUAGAGCUCUACCCCACGAGGAAUCUGAUCCCGGAUUUUUUCAAAUUUGCCGCCCAACGUGGGGAGUUUUUUCGGAAAAAUUCGAGGAAUGUCUUUGUACUGCCUGUAUUCGAGAUUCUUGCAGGACUGAAGAUCCCAGAAAAUAAAAGCGACCUGAAGAAGAUGAUUGACAACCAAACUGCCAUAGCAUUCCAUCAAACCGUUUGUAGAUCCUGCCACAGAAUGCCCCGAGAAGAAGAGUGGAUUAACGAUACCAACAAAAACGGUUUGGACGUUUUCACAAUAGGAAAAAGGCAAGGAAAGCAAGUGAUUUGGGAACCGUUUUUCAUUGAAACCCAAAAGGAACCGCUUUGGGACGAAAGGCUCAAUUGGGAGGGGCAAGGAAACAAAAUGUGUCAGGCGUACUAUCUUUGUAUGUUGGACUACGAUUUCGUAGUACUAGACAACGCCUUUUUGAUCCACAAACCCGGAGUGAAGAAGAAAAAGGUGCAAAACUUGAAACAUAGUGAAGAGCAGCACAAGAACAAUCAAAUACUGAGAGACAUCCAAUACCAACUGACAGAAAUCUACGGCAACAAUACCAAAUGUAAAAUACACAACGUGUUCAAAAAAUUGCAAACUCCUGCUUAGACGGCAACAAUGUUUAUACGCGUAUUUGUACCACGUGGUCUCGGGAAUCGGGACACCCCCUGUAACUUUUGAGUCGUCCAAGACAUAGUUUACAAUGUCCCUUCCAUAACAGUAUCAAAAUACAAUCGCAGCGUUUAGCAUCUGGUAGUGCAGAUCUCAUAGGCAGCAUGGUUUAGUAGGUUUUAGGCAAGUUUGACCAACUGUGGGCGUGGCCUA